AUGUCGGACUACGGCGGCGACAACGACGCUGAGGAGAACUACGAUUUCGAGCCUCAAGAGGAGGUCUUUGACGAGAACGAGCCCGAGGAUUUCAUCGACCACGAAGGUCUCGAGGGUGACGAUGGUGUCGAAGGCGAAUCGUACGAACCCGCAGUCAACGGCGACAAUGUGGUCGUUUCGGGUGACCCCAAUGCUGGCUACUCGGGCAAGGUGAUGGAACAGUCACGCGAAAAGAAGGUCCCCAAUGACAAGCGCACGACCACUCCUUACUUGACCAAGUACGAGCGCGCGCGUGUGCUCGGCACUCGUGCUCUGCAGAUCAGUAUGAAUGCACCCGUACUCGUCGACCUCGAGGGCGAGACCGAUCCGCUGCAGAUCGCGAUGAAGGAACUGAACCAAAAGAAAAUCCCUCUGAUCGUGCGCCGGUAUCUUCCUGACGGAUGGUACGAGGACUGGUCUUGCGAGGAGCUGCUUUAG